CGGCCGCGCCGCCAGGCCUUUUGGCAAUUUGUCACUCCUCUGUCCAGUCGGCUCCUCCUGGUUCCUCCACAUUCUUGAACAAGGUGCUUGGUUUGAUGUGCCAGUUGCAUGUCCUUAGCUGCAUAAGGUGCAAGGUAUGAAGUCCAGAACGCACAGACCCGACUACCUGACCAUUCACGGCCCAAGAUUUGGUCAUGUAUUGUGGAUCUCUUACCUAAUGACAUCUUUACGCUGUUUUCAGCAUUACAAGAGAGCGGCGUCACGGAGCCAGGGCAGUACAGGAGAAACGUGACCCAGAUCACGGCGCAGAAGGUUGAAUUAUAUCAUACUGGUGUCAGUUGCUUUGGAAGCAGAGCUAAGUCACAGCUACUCCAAGUUAAGCGAAUAGUGAGGAAGAAGUAAUGGAGCAGAGACUUAAUGAGAUGACACAAAAAUAUAUACAGAGAGGGUACCCAUCGGAUUUACUCCAGAGGGAACUACAUAAAGAAUACGAGGAAGAGGCGGAUGAUACAGAAACAUGUGACUUUGAUUAUGAUGAACCCCUUUUGAUUGAUGAGAUGUCGACUACAGAAAUGACAGAUGAGGAACAAAUGGAUAUGUCUCAAAUUGAAAAUCCUUGUACUAAGAUGGAUCUGCCUCCAAGUGAAAACGAGGACUCGGAUAAGAACAGUUUAGCAUCUGUUGAUAACCAGGGUGACAUCUGUCAAAGAAUUGAUGAAGCAUUGGCCAUAGCAAGUGAUUCUUUCCAGUGCAUAGAUGAAGCUAUAAAGACUUUAAAACAUUUGGAUGGGAAAAAUAGACAAGCUGAUAAAAGCAUUUCCAGUGUUAUUUAUGAGGAAUUUGGAAAGAUUUCUAGUGCUCUCCAGAAAAGGAAGGCUUUUCUACUUGCUGAGGUAAAAGCAAAUUCCGAAGCAUACAGUACAGAUAUAGAUAAGGCUAUUCAAGAAAUAGAGGAGAAGAGGAAUUAUUUGGAAACCAGAGUGAAAUUUGCUGAGGGAUUAAAGGAAUCUCCAUCGCUGAGCACAUACUGUGAUUUGAAUCAGCUACUGGCAGACCUGAAAGUGAACUUGAAUUAUAAAAAUGUUGUGCAAAAAUAUAAGACUGAUAUAAGAUUUGCUUUUGAUGCUGAAAAUUUAUUUCAAAUGAUUGGCCUAACUGGAGAAGUCUGCAGUUCUAAGUCACCAAUAAUUCAAAUGAAAGAAAAAAGUGAUUCAGAUUCAUAUAAUGAGUCCUAUAACACGCAUAAAGUGCAGAAAAAACACAGUGCGAAAGCACGUUGGCAAAGACAACACUGGAUAGGACAAGAAGUACAUCCUGAAUAUAAGUGUGUCCAAGAAGAUUACUUCUGUUUGCAGAAACCUCCUUCCCUGAUGUCCUCAAAUAACGUAGAAACGUCAUUAUCGACUCCUGAUGUCAUCAUAGAAGAGAUUAUAAACGAAGAUGAUAACACCUGUUUGCCAGUCCAUAAUCGUACUGCCAUUACCCCUCUUCAAAGAAUUGAAAAAAUUUGGAAUUUCAGACCAGGAAUUGACAUUGAUGGGCGGAAAAACAGAUACCGGAAACUCCAGAAAAAAAGGAUAAACAGCUGUUCACCCUUGGUACAGAAAAGUACCGCCUCUACUGAACUGGUAAACCUUGUUUAUCUGGUGAAUCCCUGCAACUUUUAUAUCCGACGAUAUUCACAGACAAAGCAGGCAGUGAUUCUUGACAAAAUACUGAAAACAUUAAGUAGCAAAGACCGGCCAUCCUCAAUUGAUCUCUUAGUGCUGGGGGAAAUUAUUGCUAUAAAUAGUAUGGAACACCAUUCAUGGUGUCGUGGCAAGAUCAUAACAUUAAUUCCGUUGGAAAACAAAUACAACGGAAAACCUUGUGGACCCACACAGUACAAAAUUGAAGAUGUUCUUCUUUUGAAAGUUUUUUUGCUAGACUAUGGAAGUACUGAAGUUUUUUCUGCUGUGAGAUAUGUUGGAAACAACGUCUCGAGAACAGAAGAUAGUCCAUCUCAGUACAACAUAAUCAAAAAUUUGUGUGACAUCAUAAGGAAGUUUAAUUUGCCAUCAGAGGCCCAGUUGAGAUCAGCGCCUCCCCUGGCUAUCCAGUGCUCUUUAGUGGAUAUUGUUCCUGCUAAUCCAGAAGGCCUCUGGACGGCAAAAUGCAAAGAAGAAUGUUUAAAAUUGGUGAACAAUAAGUGUGUUGAAAUGAAAGUCUUCAAGGAAGAAGAUAAUAAAUUGUUUGUUGACCUGAAAAAGCCUUCCUCGUAUAAAAGCAGCAGUAAUAUUCCUGCCUCCUUGCGGGAUGCCCUAGUCUUCCUGGAAUUAGCAAGGUUUCACCUUCCAGGGGCUGCUGAAGAGAGUAUUUUACCAAGGAGUUUAAAUCCACCAGUAGUGCCAGAACACAGGACCAACUUUACCGUUGUUGUUUCUCAUGUAAAUAGCCCAUCUGAUUUCUACAUCCAAGUGGCUGACAACGCUAAUGAGUAUGCAACAUUCUCGCAAGAAAUACAAGAAGUAUAUAACUGUGAAGAAUCAGAUUUAAAAAUUAAGCACGCAGUUAUUGGACAAGUCUGCAUGAAGAAAUUUAAAGAUGGUUAUUGGUACAGAGCUGUAGUUGUUGGUUUUACAGGUCAAGAUGAAGUCACAAUAAAAUUUGUAGACUUUGGCGAUACUGACACAGUCAAUGUGAGCACAUUAAGGGAUAUCAAAGAGGAAUUUUUAGACAUGCCAUGUAAGGCUAUAUGUUGCAGACUUGCUUUUAUUGAGCCAUGUAACAAUGCACAGCGGUGGAGUCUAGAAGCAUGUAGAUAUUUUGCGAAGGUAGCUGACCAGAGACCUUUUCAUUGCAAUUCCUUUGGUGUUUUACUGGAUAACAAACUAUCUGUUGAAUUGUUUGAAAUGGGUUUGGAAAGUGGUAUCGGCAUCAACACAAAGAUGAUUGAAUUGAAAUACGCUUCCUUAAUACCCGGUUCACCAGGCCUUAGCAGUCAGCAGUCAGCAAAGACAGAAGUGUGGGACACGCCAACCAUUUUAUACGGAAAUCAUAUGGAAUGUGACGAAAUAUCAUUAUUCAGGGAAAAAGCGCUGGAUGUGGUUAUCUGCAAUGCAGAAUCUCCUGGCAAAAUAUAUUUUCGGUGGUUAUCUUCAGAGAGCUACAUGAAAAGAUUGCAGUCAAGAAUGGCUGAAAAAUAUGAAACCUCUAAUCCUGAAACUGUCCAGUGGAAGGUUGAAAUGUACGUUGCUGUUCAAAUUCCUGUCACUAAGCAGUGGCGAAGAGGACUAAUCAAAAAUAUUGUUUCCGACCGCCUAGUACAGGUAUAUUAUUAUGAUUUUGGCAUGAAGGAUUUGGUAGAUAUCAUCAACAUAAGAACACUUGAGGACAGUCUGAAAGAACUUGGUAAUUUGUGCCUGGAAUGUUCUUUGAUGGAUAUAAAGCCAGCUGGAGGAAGCGAAAACUGGACUGCAACAGCUUGUGAUUUUCUCUCAUUUUAUCUUAAUGGCGCCGUGGCAAAAAUAACAAUUGAAGAGAAUACAUCACAGUAUCCACUGCCUGUAAAGAUAUGGAGAAAAGAUGAAGCCGGCCAGGAAGUUGAUAUUUCUGACUACCUCGUCAGACAAGGUUUAGCACUGAAAUUACGAGGCUCAGAACUGCAGACUGUAGGAAAAGUCAUUGAAAAUUGCACAUCCGUUACAGAUGUUCAUGACUUGAUAAAGUUAACAUUACAAUAUGACCCUGAGAAAAUAGUUUCUGAGACAAAAAUUGCAAGUGGCCACCUGGAAUCUGAUGAAUUGAUGUCUGAACAAAACCUGAUUGAGCCCUACAUGCCUCCUCGCAUUCCUGAUUCAGUAUUCAAUGCAAAAGUCAGCUUUAUAGACGGUGGCAUUAUAUAUGUCAUUCCAGAAUCAAUAGAAAAAGAUCUUGAAAAACUUAUGCAUGAUAUGCAGGAGUCCUUCAAAUGUCUUGGUGUUUCGGGACGAUAUAGCUGGAAGAAAGGAGAGGGGUGUGUUAUUAAAGGAUCCGAUACUACGUCAUACAGAGGAAAAGUUCUUCAAAUUCUUGGAGGCGAAAUGAUAAAGGUUCAGUAUGUGGAUUUUGGAUAUAUUGAAAAAACCCUUAUGUGCCAUGCUUCUCCCAAUGUAUUCAAUGCCGAUGUUCCACGCUUUUGCAUACCAUGUCAACUACACAAAACACUUCCUGUUGGUAACAAGUGGCAGCCAGAUGCUAUAGAACUUCUUAAAGAACUGCUUCUGGAAAGAUCUGUCAAGGUUCAUGUUGUGGAGACCCCCACAGUACCUGGAGGUAUUGCAUCUGUUUAUAUCUAUUGCAACAAUGCAUCUGUUUCUUGUAUUCUGGAGCAGUAUGCCCACUGUAUCCCAGAAGAUUCUGACAAACGAUCAAAAUUCGAAACGAGCCAUGAGUUCAAGCACUGUUUAAGGAAAAUCAAGGGAGACCAAUACAGUGAGGCAAACAUGUUCCGAAAGUCAGACCUAGAAAAGGUUUUUGAUGUCAGUUUUGAGAGUUUACUUUCACCCGAAUGGGAAACACCAAUUUUGCCCAAAUAUACUGUGCCAUCAUUGCCUAAUCCAGAAGAGCGGUUUCCUGUUAAAGUCAGACACAUACAGAAACCAAAUGAAGUAUACAUCAGCAUGAACUUGUCAGAUGGCGUCCUGUGUGAUAUCGAUGACACUACACUAAGCUUUGAGGAGGAUUCUCUAAUGUCAAGGAUUAUCUGGAUCAACAGACAUGAAGAUGCACUGUUGGACUUGACUGAUUUUAGACCAGAAAUGCCCUGUCUUGCAGAAUACAGUGAUGGAAAACUAUACAGAGCAAAGUUGCUGUCUGUUGCAUGCUAUGAACCUCCAAAGUUUUUUGUGGAGUUUGUAGAUUAUGGGUCUACAAAAGCAGUAGAAACAGAUAGCUUAUUCCAGAUGCCCGCUGACCUAAUGCAGUAUCCAGUAGAAGCGAUUAAAGUCAAUCUGGCUGGGCUUAAGCCGCCUAGUGAAGAACUUGAAAUGGAUCGGCUUCCUUACAGUCCAGAAUGGAGCAUCAGAGCUGUGGAAGUCAUGAUGGAUAUACUUGAAAAAAAGAUUUUCUUGGCUUCACGUACCGGGUCCUCAUCGGAGCUCUCUGUAUUUUUGUAUGAGGAAACUGGAGAUAAGCUUGUUUAUGAGCUGCUGGUGGAAGAGGGCUUAGCUGAUUUUGACCAGUAAUAUGCUGCUGAAUAAUUACCUGCUGUGAAGAGAACAGACAUUUUUGUUCAUAAAGGAAGACAUUCUGAUUUUAGGUUUAAAGGUGGAUGUAAAACUGGUAUUCAGCUCAUAUCAACCAGUAAGGUUCGUUCUGUUGAAUGUUGUUGUUUUCUAAUUCUCUCAGCAUCGCAAUAAAGCAUUGAAAGCAUUUGA